AUGCAUUCGUUCCAGAACGUCCUACCAGUGAGCCAGCACGAUGCUGCCCGCUCGCAGUCGCAAGCCUCGAAAACAUCGGCCAAAUCAAUCAUCUCAGCUGCCACCACAACCGUAGCGAACAAGAUCCGAGCAGGAACGCUGGCAUUCUCGGACUGGCUACUGGACACUACACCUUUCUUCUUGGUCUCUACAUAUUUCAUAGUCACAACAGCCAUCUUCUGCUUCUGCAAUGAAGCAGCAAUCAAGGUCUUCUACUUCUUCUACAUGUCAGCGAAUUUCUACAUUGCAGCAUGCUGCGUAGUAGAAUCAUUCCUCGGCCUGACACCGGUGCGAGACGCGCGCAAAGCCGCCAUCGCAGUAGAAGAAAGCGGCCUCUUCCCCAGCGACCUCAACGGAACAGUCAAAGAUCUCCCCACAAUCGACAUCGUCAUCGUCGCAUACCUCCCCAACGAACAAGAAAUCAUCCGCAACCAAGUCCUCUACGCCUGCGAAGAGCUCCUCUACCCCAAAGAAAAGCUCCGCAUCAACCUCGUCUACAACACCCCCAAACCCAUCGAACCCCUCGAAACCGAACUCGCUCAACUCCCCACCAUGUACAAAAACCUCAAAGUCAUCAAAGUCCCCGGCUCCAAAUCCAAAGCCGACAACUUGAACUACUUCUUCUCUCUCCGCUCCACCGCCCAAAUCAUCGGAAUCUUCGACAGCGACCACUGCCCUCACCCCCACAACCCCCGCUGGGCCGCCGAACGCUUCCUCUCCGACUCGUCUGUCGACAUCGUCCAAGGCCGCUGCAUAGUCUACAACACCUCCGAAUCCUUCUGGGCACGCAUGAUCGCCAUCGAAUUCGAUAAAAUCUACGCCAUAUCCCAUCCCGGCCGAAGCCGAAUGUUCGGAUUCGGACUCUUUUGCGGUAGCAACGGAUACUGGAAAGCUCCUCUUCUCCGAGAACAUAAAAUGCACGGGGAUAUGUUGACGGAAGAUAUUGAUUCUGCGCUGCGAGCUUAUGGAAAGGGGAAAAAAGCUGUGCAUGAUAUGAAUGUUUGUUCGUUUGAGAUGGCUCCUAAUACUUUUCAAGCUUUUUGGAAGCAACGAUUACGAUGGGCUCAAGGAUGGACGCAGGCGAGUUGGAAACAUAAGUCGCUGGCUUGGACGAAUCCUCCGGAUGGGAAGAAAAGAGAUUUCGAUGAACGAUAUGGUAUCGUUUCUUUGCUCGCCGUUCGAGAAAUCAGCUAUUAUCUCGUCACGAUACAUACCUGCCUCUUACUCAGUUUCAUCAUCGUCGGCUGGCCAUCCAACGUUGCGGAACUGGUCAAAUUGCUGUUUUUCCGGUAUCCGAUGGCAGAGUGGUUCUUGUUCGCGACGAUUAUUGCUUUGAUUUACACAUUGUAUUUCACAGAGAAAGUCCGAUCGGAGUUUACGAGUUGGUGGGAUAUGGUGGUGUUUUGUAUCAUUUAUGUCCCAUACUUGGUACUCAUGGCUACUAUGGGAUUGUAUGGACAUGCGAGGCAGAUGAUUCGGUAUUCGAGUUGGAAUCCGACGGCGAGGAAGUGA